AUGGACCGCAGAAUCGUCAUCAUCGGCUCCGGUUUCGCCGGGCUACAAAGCGCCUUCGCAGCACAAAGCCUCCUCUCCCACAACACACACCAUCACGAAAAAAACACAUCAAAAAUCGAAAUAGUCAUCAUCUCCCCUGAGCCACGACUGGUAAUACGCCCAAGGCUCUACGAAGCAAACCCGAAAUCCCUGUCCGCACCACUCGACAAGAUCCUCAGUGACACGGGCAUUCGCUACAUUCAAGGCCAUGUCACCAACAUCAACACCCAGGAACGUACACUAGAUAUACGGGGCGCAAAGGAUCAACUAUCAGCCAUGUCGUAUGAUAGACUGAUUCUUGCGGCGGGAAGUCAUUUGAAUCUACCUAAUAUCCCGGGCCUCAAAGAGCACGCCUUCAAUGUAGACCAGUUUGAAGGCGCUGUUGCCUUGGACGCACACCUCCACGAUCUGAAGCACCAGCCGUAUACGAAAGCGCGCAACAGUGUGGUCAUUUGCGGUGGCGGCUUUACUGGAAUCGAAAUUGCAGCAGAAUUACCUCGUAGGCUUGCGUCGAUCUUAGGUAAAGAUGCCGACAUUCACAUCACCAUUGUUGAGCGGGAAUCCGAACUCGGUCCAGAGCUAGGCCCUGGCCCACGACCAGUCAUUCUACAAGCCAUGAAGGAAUUAAACAUCGACUUAAAGCUAGGGAAUGCCGUCGCAGAAGUCAACUCCAAUGGCAUCAUAACAUCCAACGGCGAGCACAUCGACGCCAACACCGUCAUCUGGACCGGUGGCAUGGUCGCUUCUACGUUGGCAUCCCAAAUCCCCGGGCCCAAAGACAAACUCGGCCGCCUUAUCGUGGACCGCGACCUACAAGUUCCCUCCGCCAAAGAGAUCUUCGUAACAGGCGACGUUGCGCAUGUUUCAACCGAUGACAAAGGCCACACCGCACUCAUGUCUUGCCAACACGCCCUGACGCUAGGCCGCUACUCGGGCUACAACGCCGCCGCUGAUAUCUUGAACCUACCGCUCAGGCAAUAUCAUCAAGAAAUAUACGGAACUUGUUUGGCAUUGGGGCCGUUUGGUGCCGUCGUGACGGACGGGUGGGACAGAAAGGUCGCCACGUCAGGCAAAAUGGCAGGAUUAGCGAAACAGUUCAUCAAUGAGGUGCUGAUAUAUCCACCACGGGAUACCAAGGAGGCAUUUAGGGUUUCUGACCCGGAUUUCCAGAUCCCGUCGGUCGAUGAUGGUGUUGUUGCGUUGUUGACGAACCGGGACAGGGGGACGUUUCUUUUGUAUAUUUGGAGGUUCAUUGUGCUGAAGCUAUUUGGGACGUCUGCCUAG